GGUCUUUAGAGAAGUUGUGUUGUUUUUAUAACGAUUGGUAAUGAGAUUGUGCAUGGCAAUACGUAUAAAUUAAUAAAAUAAAAUUAGUCAUGAGGUAUUUAUGAUUGUAAAUUGGUACAAGUAACUUAGAAGAGGUUACAUUUGAAAUGGAUGAAGACAUACUUACAACAUUGAAGAUUCUUAUUAUAGGAGAAAGUGGAGUAGGUAAAUCAAGUCUUCUUUUGCGGUUCACUGAUGAUAACUUCGAUCCUAGUGAACCUUCAACCAUUGGAGCUGAUUUCAAGGCCAAGAAUAUUACAGUUGGUAACACAACUGUGAAAUUGGCCAUUUGGGACACGGCUGGACAGGAGAGGUUCCGAUCAUUGACUCCCAGCUAUUAUCGAGAUGCUCAGGGAGCAAUAUUGGUGUAUGAUGUUAGCAACAUACAGACUUUCCAAAAACUUGAAACCUGGCUUGAGGAAUUAGAUACAUACUCAACAAAGAAUAACAUUGUCAAGAUGGUUGUAGGGAAUAAAAUUGACAAAGGGAAUCGAGAGGUAAGUAGAGAUGAUGGUAUGAAGUUUGCAAGAAGGCAUCAAACACUCUUUAUUGAAUCCAGUGCCAAAACAAGAGAUGGUGUCCAAUGUGCCUUUGAAGAACUGGUGCAGAAGAUAAUCCAAACACCUGGUCUCUGGGAGAGGAUUCAAACAGAUACUGAUCAGAUCAGGGUUUCUGAUCAUGAGCCAUCAGUGCCAAGCUGUGGCGGAUGGAGGUGUAGUCGUGUGUAACAUGUUGAACUCUAAUCAGCAGGAUGUUGCAUUGAAUUUAACACUAGCAGCCAUUUGAGCAUUUGGCACAGGUGUCAAGUUCUAGGGUUCUUCACAUUCAGGUGAAAAAAUUUGUUGAAAGCAGGAACUUAUUUAAUUCUCUGCAUAAUAAAUGCUAUUUGAUAACAUUGAAAUUGAUUGUAAUAUUGAGUUUUGUAUAUGUUGUAAUGUAAUGCCAUAGUUAAUAUUGUACUUUUUAAGUAAAGUUUCAUCAUUUCUCCAAGGCUACAAGUUACCAUUCCAAACUGACUUCAUCAUAAUCAGCUGCUAUCAAGAUACUUAUUUUAAAUUCAUAUGAAGGAAAACUAUUAAGAUGUGUUUUAAUGAGCUUUCAAUAUAUUCUUGCAAGUACAUGUUAAUACCUUAAUAUGUAGAAUCUCAGAUGUUGUAUUAUAAAUAAAUAAUUGUAAUAUUUUUAAAGUACAAUAACUGCUACUGAUUUUGUGCUGUCCUUUAUUUUAUAUUAUGCCAUUAUUUGACUGAUAACCUUCUGAAGGAAAUAUCAAGAGUGGCUGUCUUGACACCCAAUGCAAAAUGCUCAAAGCUCUCUGUCUCUCUCUCUCUCUCUAUAUAUAUACAUAUAUACACACACACACAUAUAGGAUGUCCCAGGAGGAAAGGUAAAUAUUCUGGGAGGUCAUAGUAUCAGUGUAUAAAAAGUGUAUAUGUACAUGUGUCCUAUUCCGAGUGGUUUCUGAGAUAGAGCUAUUUCACUCCUACAGCAUUUAUUACCAGGUUCAAGGGUAGGUGGAGAGUCCUGACUAUUAAACACUUCACAAUGGGAAGACAUGUUUGAGACUUGUGGCAUAUUGAUAUAUAGUAAGAGUGGGUUUUCCUAAGUUCCUUUACAGUGUUCAUUGGUCCAAGAACAGUACUGGUAGGGAGUUGACCUGCUGCUGAUGUUGAACGUAAUUUUGCAUCAUAACUCAUAUUUUAAUUAACUGAUAUUUGUAGAAUAUACUCUUGUAUUUACUCUUCAUAUUUAAUCUGCAAAAGUUUAGUGCUAUGACCACUGUGUUGAAAAUCAGUGAACAACUUAUUUUAUACGUCUGUGAUUGUUACUUACUUCUCAUUUGUGGUAAACUUAAUUAAAUAAAGACAUUAAAUGUCUGAUUCUUAUGCAUAUUGUA